CAGGUAUUUGACGUUUCGUUACGAAACCUGCCAAAAUUCGCACCCAGCGAAAAAUUAUAGCAAUUGUAUUGCGUAGGAUAUAAGUGUAGCAAAAUGACUUCCGUAGCAAGGGCUGGACACUUAGCCCCAUAUUUCAAGGCCACAUCCCAAGUGGUCGCCAAUGGCUUGAAGCCCGUGGUCGCAGUCCCAACUCCUGUUGACAAACUGGUCGUGCAACCUCUGCCGAAGACAUCAACUGUGCAAUCUUUGCAUGGAGCCCUACCUAUUCAGGGUUUGAAAGUUAAGCAUACAACCAACCUGCCAAAUCAAGUACGUUUUGCGCAUUCUGAUAUCGCUUACCCUGACUUCUCUGCGUACCGUCGGAAGGAAACUUUGGAUCCCAAAUCGAAGGCCAAGGAAAAUGUCGACGCUCGCAACUCUUUCACUUAUCUUGUCGCUGGAGCUGGUGGAGUGGCAGGGGGGGACGCCGCGAAGUCCGUGGUCACCCACUUCGUGUCGUCGAUGGCGGCCGCAGCCGAUGUGCUCGCCUUAGCCAAGAUCGAGAUCAACCUUGCUGAGAUUCCCGAGGGCAAGUCUGUCACCUUCAAGUGGCGUGGAAAGCCGCUGUUUAUUCGUCACAGGACAGCUGAAGAGAUCACCACAGAGAAAGCGGUACCGCUUGACCAGCUCCGUGACCCUGAGCCCGAUGAGAAGAGGGCCCAGGAUCCGGAGUGGCUGGUUGUCAUCGGUGUGUGCACUCACUUGGGCUGCGUACCCAUUGCCAAUGCUGGGGACUUUGGAGGCUACUACUGCCCCUGCCACGGCUCCCACUACGACGCAUCCGGACGUAUCCGCAAAGGCCCCGCACCACUUAACCUAGAAAUACCUCCCUACAACUUUGUAGAAGGAGGCCUCUUGAUUGUAGGUUAAGUGAUAUUUAUUAGACAAUUUAUUUAAUCAACACCAUCAAUAGUGAUCGAAAAAUAAAAUGUAAUGUGAUAUCA